AGCACCAUGCCUGAGCCAGCCAAGACCGCCCCCAAGAAGGGCUCGAAGAAAGCCGUGACCAAGACCGCCGGCAAAGGAGGCAAGAAGCGCAGAAAGUCCAGGAAGGAGAGCUACGCCAUCUACGUGUACAAAGUCUUGAAGCAGGUUCACCCCGACACCGGCAUUUCGUCCAAGGCGAUGGGAAUCAUGAAUUCGUUCGUCAACGACAUUUUCGAGCGCAUUGCCGGUGAGUCCUCUCGUCUGGCUCACUACAACAAACGCUCCACCAUCACUUCCAGGGAGAUCCAGACCGCCGUGCGCCUGUUGCUGCCCGGUGAGUUGGCCAAGCACGCCGUGUCCGAGGGCACCAAGGCCGUGACUAAAUACACCAGCUCUAAGUAAAGC